UUAUUCAUUUAUAUUGAUCCAUGCCUCAUAAUUGUUUGUACGUCAUUCUGACAGUAUUUGGUUUUAGUUUCAUUUUUGAUUGUGAAUGUGUUAAUAUUGAUUACUAAUAAUAUUGUGUUUCAAAGAGGAGUACAGACGUCUGUGUGGGUUAAUUGUUCGCUGCUCUGUUAGUAAUGUCUCGGGGAUUCAGUAGGGGGAGCGCGCAUCUCUCUUCCUCAUUUAUUACAGACGAGUGAAGGCGAGAGCUGCAUGUGUGUCACACUCAUUCAUCUCCCAUCACUAUUCCCCUUGUUUAAGGUCAGUUGGAGCCACUGGACAAAGAGGUGUUUGUGUCUUACCUGGGGUUUUGUCCUGCGUGGCAACGCUGAUCCAGAGGAGGACACAGGCCCAGACGUAUUGACUACAAGCUGAAGAGACAGGACAGCACCAAAACACUGCUGAUAAAAACUGAACAGCUGCUGAGGAUCGAGGAGCACGACUUUGCCAUGAGACCAGGCUUUGGAGGUGCAGCCAUCCCUGUGGGCAUCGAUGUGCAGGUAGAGAGCAUCGACAGCAUCUCAGAGGUCAACAUGGACUUUACCAUGACUCUGUACCUGCGUCACUACUGGAAAGAUGAACGGCUGUCGUUUCCGUCCCGAAACAAUCAGAGCAGGACUUUUGACUCGAGGCUCGUGAAGAAGAUCUGGGUCCCUGACGUCUUCUUUGUCCACUCCAAACGCUCCUUCAUUCAUGACACCACCAUGGAGAACAUCAUGCUGCGGGUUUACCCAGAUGGAAACAUCCUCUACAGUGUCAGGGUCACAGUAACGGCGCUCUGCUCGAUGGACUUCAGCAGCUUCCCUCUGGACACACAGAACUGCUCACUGGAGCUGGAGAGCUAUGCAUAUAAUGAGAACGACCUGAUGCUUUACUGGAAGAAUGGGAACGACUCUCUGAGGACGGAUGAGAUCGUCUUGUCUCAGUUCUUCAUUGAGCAUUUCCAAGCCUCUAGUGGCCUGGCUUUCUACAGCAGCACAGGUUGGUACAAUCGUCUGUUCAUUAACUUCAUCCUGCGGAGGCACAUCUUCUUCUUCAUGCUGCAGACAUACUUCCCCACCAUGCUGAUGGUCGUCCUGUCCUGGGUCUCCUUCUGGAUCGACAGGAGGGCUGUUCCUGCGCGUGUCUCUCUGGGUAUAACCACAGUACUUACCAUGUCCACCAUCAUCACUGGAGUGUCCUCCUCUAUGCCUCAGGUAUCGUACGUGAAAGCAGUGGACAUCUACCUGUGGACCAGCUUCCUGUUUGUCUUCCUGUCUGUAAUUGAAUAUGCGGCAGUAAACUACUGCACCACUCUGGAGGAGAUGAGGAAGAUGAAGAGAUGGAAGAUCCCAUCCACCUUCAACGCCAGCCAGGCGAUGGCCUUUGAUGGCUGUUUCCAUGACAACGACAUUGAGCUGACUCCUUUCUCCCGCAUGGCACCCACCAUGACCUCUGACCCCCUCGCCACGCCAGACCAGGCCCCAGACAUCCGGCCCACAGAGGGGACUCGCCUCCGCCGGCAGCGGUCCGUGCGUGAAAAUGUGGACCUGUUUGUCAACAACAGCUACAUGAUUGACUCGUACUCCCGUCUGGCCUUCCCUCUGUCCUACCUGCUCUUCAACACCAUCUACUGGAGCCUGUACUCCUGAUCCACCACUGCACUCUCUCCAAGAACCCUGGUGCACUUUAACAGAGUCGAGUUGUGUCAGAGAGCAUGCUGGGGGAUUCCUCCUCUCCACAGGACUCCACAUGCACUUCAGUGAAUGAACUCUCGAUCGCAGGAGCCCCUUCAGCUCUGGCUACAUCAGUAAUCAUGUUCUUUACAGGAGAAGAUAAAAGCACUCCAGCUCCUCAGAGUAGGAACUCUUAAUUCCGCACAGUUUCACCCCGACAUCUGCCUCACGAGAGCAGGUUGAAUCCAGAGACUUGGAAGUUAAUGGAUCUUAAUUUGUUUUGUUUUUUUUUUUAUUAAGCUGUACAUGUGACUCUUAUCUUGUAAUACUCAAAGGUCUGGUUUCGAAAGGUUAUUUCACUUCUUAGCUAC